GUAUCUGUUUUAUUGCUUCCUUCAAUAAAACAGAGAAACAGAGAAGGAAGAUCCGAAUAAAGUAUAUAAAGCACAUAGUUUGGAUUGAUUAAUAUGACAACUGCGAAUAGAAGAAUAGAAGGAUUUAAGGAAAACACGACGUAUCUCAUUACAGGCAAGGACUGUCUCAAACCGAAAAUAAUUUAACAGAAAAAGGAUAAAAUAAAAUGAUGCUCCAGACCUGGCUACCUCUACUAGUAGCGAUUUUAGUGGUUGGUUCGGCGGUUACCCAGGGACAGCAAUGUGGGCAGAAUGAAAAUUAUACCACCUGUGGAACCGCAUGUCCGUUAACUUGCCAACGUCCUGUGCCGACUAUAUGCACUUAUCAAUGCGUCCGAGGAUGCUUCUGUAAUGAUGGUUUUGUAAGAUCGGAUAAGGGUAAUUGCAUCAGACCGUCGGAAUGCAAAUUACAAGACGAACAGAAGAAGGCGAUGCUUCGAACGAUACUUCCAUUGCUAGUGGUGAUUCUAGUGGUUGGACCGAAGAUUACACAAGGAUACAGAUGUGGUGAAAAUGAAAUGUACAGUAGCUGUGGUACUGCAUGUCCAUUAACAUGUCAACGACCACAACCCGGCAUAUGCACUUUACAAUGUGUUAUGGGAUGUUUUUGCAAACAAGGUUUUGUGAGGUCGAAUAGUGGAAAAUGCGUUAGAUUGUCUGAUUGUUGACGGGGAUAGUGCCUAUUUGAAUGUAGAAGUUAAAUAUAAAUGUUAUAUGUGA